GUUGAAAUGAUUAUACCUGUGAGAUGCUUCACUUGUGGUAAAAUAGUUGGAAAUAAAUGGGAGGCAUAUCUUGGCCUUUUGCAAGCAGAAUAUACAGAAGGUGACGCCUUGGAUGCUUUGGGUCUGAAAAGAUACUGCUGUCGCAGAAUGCUGCUUGCUCACGUAGACCUGAUUGAAAAGCUCCUGAACUAUGCCCCACUGGAGAAAUAAAUAUGAAGAAUUUAUGGUGCUAUGUGUACAUGAACCAAAGUUUUUACACUCCUCAGGCCAAACUACUGGAAUUAGAAAUCAGAUUAAUGAUCUGUGGGAAGUUCCUUAAGCCACUUAGCAUUCCCCCAAAUAAAUGACUUAAUAAUGAAUUUCACCUAGACAGUUGGGGAUUGUGCUUUUAAUUACAGCAGGGUUUUUGUCAGAUUCUAAGUAUAUUAGAAUCUUUUGGAUUUUCAAAUAUGGCAGUUUGGAAAAAAAACCACAAUGGGUUACAGUCAGCAGUUGUAAUGAAGUUUUAAUAAAAAUUAUUUUUGUUAAACCAGUUCCUAUUGCCUUAUUCUAAAUAUCAUUCCUGAAUUACAUGAAUUGCAUUUCAACCUCACUCAGAUCGUUCACUAUUAUUGUCAUUAUUGUGAAUUCCAUUUCAAUGUUCUUUCACAUUAUUACAUUAUAUCUUAAAAACUAGACCAGGCAUAAUGACCUAUGCUGUGGGUUGUCAAAGGAAAAAUAAAAGUAGGAAGGGCAGGCAGCCUCUUCACAAAUGACCUUUGUAUACCAAUAGUUUCAAAAUGUAGGAAAUAAUCUGUAUUUGAUUAACUAGAUAAUAGAAUAUUUUUCAUUUCAUAUGCCAGAGUGUAAAACUAAAAAUCCCAUUUUCUGGAGCUGUGGCAAACAUACAAAGAUGGAGAGAACAUGAGCAACUUAGUUCAUGGUGAGCAAUUAUGUUUCAUGGAAAUUAUUACAUCCAAGAAGGAAUAGAUUAACCAGAUGCAAGU